UCUUCUUCUUCCUCUUCCUCCUCUUCUUCUCCCUUUCUUCCCUUUCAUGUUCCCCCUUUUCCCUCACCAUCUCUCCGCCCUGUUUUCCCCCCUUUCUCGCCUUCGAGACCUUCCCCACCAUUCUCUCCGCCGCCAAUCUCUCGAUCCGACCCCCAAUACCCAGUUUCUGAUUCUUCUUCUUCUUUUUCAAUUUCACUAUUACAAACCAACAACGAAUGGAGAAUAUAACAGCCCAAUUAAAAAGGGGAAUAUCGCGGCAAUUCUCCACCGGCUCCUUACGCCGGAGUCUCAGUCGCCAAUUCUCCAGGCAGUCGUCUCUUGAUCCGAGGAGGAAUAAUAUGAGAUUUAGCUUUGGGAGACAGUCUUCUUUGGACCCUAUUCGGCGUUGUCUUGAUGAGGAAAAUGAACUUUCUGUGCCCGAGAAUUUGGAUUCCACGAUGCAGCUUCUUUUCAUGGCUUGCCGUGGCGAUGUUAGAGGCGUUCAGGAUUUGCUUAAUGAUGGUACCGAUGUUAAUAGUAUCGAUUUGGAUGGUCGCACCGCUUUGCAUAUUGCUGCUUGUGAAGGCCAUGCUGAGGUUGUUAAGCUUCUGCUUAGUCGUUGGGCUAAUAUUGACGCUCGUGAUCGUUGGGGGAGUACGGCAGCUGCAGAUGCUAAAUAUUAUGGAAAUACAGAAAUUUACAACAUUCUCAAAGCACGAGGAGCUAAAGUUCCGAAAUCGAGGAAGACACCAAUGACAGUUGCAAAUCCUAGGGAAGUUCCUGAGUAUGAGCUUAAUCCAUUGGAGCUUCAGAUUCGAAGGGGUGAUGGUAUAUCAAAGGGGACAUAUCAAGUUGCCAAAUGGAAUGGUACAAAAGUGUCUGUGAAAAUUCUUGAUAGAGAUUGUUAUUCUAACCCGGAUUCUAUAAACGCAUUCAAACACGAGUUGACAUUACUCGAAAAGGUCCGACAUCCCAACGUAGUUCAGUUUGUCGGUGCUGUUACCCAGAAUUUGCCAAUGAUGAUCGUUUCCGAAUACCAUCCAAAGGGUGAUUUAGGUUGCUAUCUUCAAAAGAAGGGUCGUUUAUCUCCAUCGAAAGCCUUAAGAUUCGCCCUCGAUAUCGCUAGGGGAAUGAACUAUCUUCAUGAAUGCAAACCCGAUCCGAUUAUCCACUGUGAUUUAAAGCCAAAAAAUAUUUUGCUGGAUAAUGGAGGACUACUCAAAGUUGCUGGCUUUGGCUUGAUAAGAUUGUCAAAAUUGUCAGCUGACAAAGCAAAACUAGCUCACCCAGUGGUUAUUGACCAUUCAAACAUGUACUUAGCACCCGAAAUUUACAGAGAUGAAAUAUUUGACAGAAGCGUUGAUGCAUUUUCGUUCGGUCUAAUUUUAUACGAGAUGGUUGAGGGUAUUCAGCCACUCCAUCCCAGGCCUCCAGAAGAGGCUGCUAAAGCUAUUUGUGCAGAAGGAAAGAGACCUCCUUUUAAGAUCAAAUUGAAAAGUUAUCCACCUGAUCUAAAGGAAUUGAUUGAGGAAUGCUGGGAUCCAGAACCUGUUAUGAGGCCUACUUUCUCUGAAAUUAUUGUAAGGUUGGAUAAAAUAGUUGCCAACUGCUCAAAACAUGGAUGGUGGAAGGACACAUUUAAACUUCCCUGGAAAUAAGAAGGUAGAGGAACUCAACUCACUGUCUUCAGAAGUGGGCAAAGUGAUAAUGAAUGAAGAACAAUUCUCAUAACAUAGAGAGAGCUUCAUUGUUGAGAUUAUUGAGAACACCAUUAAUGUUAUCAAAGCUUUUCUGUUUCUUCUUAAAUUAUGUCUCAUUCAUUUUCAAUUUGUAUUGUCUCAAUGGAUUGGAGGGGUUCCUGUGUAAAAUGUGUGCAAAAGCAUUAUUGUUUCUUUUC